CGGCGGCGGCGGCGGCGGCAGGGUAAGGUGAAGCAGGCCCCGUACGUCGGCGGCGAAUCAGUCGUUCUGCAGGAUGAGGCGCGCGACGUGGCUGCUUUUCGUGCUGAGCCUGCUGCUCGUCCAGAGGACCCACGUUAGCCGCGCUCAGAGGAACUAUGCGCGACAGGGUGCCACCAGCCGUGAGAACCCGACCAUUAAGAUACCGGGCCAGGGCAGCGUCCUCGGCAAAGAGGUGAAUCUCGGUGGUAACCAGAGACUGAUGCAGUACCUCGGCAUCCCCUACGCGCAGCCCCCGGUCGGCAAUCUGCGCUUCGCGCGACCGGUGACAAAUCCUCUUCCCUCUUGGAGCGACGUGAGGAACGCGUCGCAGUUCGCACCGUCGUGUCAGCAAGUCUCGGGCCGGCUGAAGCUGCACGAGAAGCUCUACAAGCAAUUGCUGCCAUCGGAUCUACCCGAUCCGGGGGUCAGCGAGGACUGCCUCUUCCUCAACAUCUUCGUCCCUGACGGCCGUGCGGACGAACGAUGGCCGGUGAUGGUCUGGUUCCACGGCGGCGACUUCAACACCGGCACCCCUGCAAUCUGGGACGCCUCCAUGUUCGUUAGCAAGCAAAAGCAGGUGCUAGUGGUGACGGUGGCGUAUCGAUUAAACAUCCUGGGAUUCUUCACGACGACCGACACCGAGGCGCCCGGCAAUUACGGCAUGUUCGACCAAAUCGCCGCCCUCGACUGGAUCAAGCGCAACAUCAAGUACUUCAACGGCUCGCCGGACAACAUCGUCAUCUACGGCCACAGCUCUGGCGCGAUCAGCGUCGGCUUGCACAUACUGAGCCCGUUGAGCCGCGGCAAGUUCUCCAAGGCGAUCGCCAUGAGCGGUGACGCGGUGAGCUCCGUCGGCUCGCCGGAGACCGAGCUCGGGGUCGUUGACGUGGUCGCCGACAAGUUCAGCUGCUUCAGGCGGCCGACCAGCGCGCUGAUGGAGUGUCUGCGCCGGGUGAAAGUCGAGGUGCUGGUCCAACAGACGUCCGACAUCGAGACGUGGGGUCCGAUCGUCGACGCCGAGAUGAACAACUCCACGGUGCCUUUCCUCGCGUUGCACCCCAAGGACAUCUUGGACAGCGGGGACUUCAACGCGGUGCCGCUGAUUGUCGGCUACACCAACAACGAGCAAGCUCUGGCUUAUAUAGAGGCUAACGGUGGGCCAAACUCGGAGGGUAAGCUCUCCCCGGAGAGUUUCAACACGAUGAUCACGGACGAGUUUUCGUCGGCGGUGCCGGCCCCGGACGACAACAGCACCUGCGAGGUGAAGCCUGAGCUGGUGGCGAACACGGUGCUGUUCUUCUACAAGCCGUACCCACCGACGACCAACACGACGAUACUUCGCGACAGAUACCUGGACCUGCAAAUGGAGAAGAAUUACGCGGCAGGUCUGACGUUGCUGGCCGGCAAGAUGGCGAAGCACAAGGUCUCCGCCUUCGUCUACCGAUUCGAUUAUCGGCCGCGGACGCAAUCGGUGACGAAGGACGUGCCGGAAUGGGUGGGUGUGCCGCACAUGUUCGAGCUGCCGUUCGUCUGGGGUCUGCCGCAUUUGAUGGGCGGCACGACGCAGUGGAACUUUGCCGACAAGAAGAUGUCCGACACGAUAAUGUCGAUGCUGACGAACUUCGCCAAGAGCGACGACCCGUCGUUCAACAACCAGAUCAAGUGGGAGCCCUUCACGGAGGACAAUCCGGGGAUCCUGCUGAUCGACAAGAACAUCGACAUGAACCGGCCGGACCAAGUGGACUACAGGGCGUUCGCCUUCUGGAACGAGUACUACCCGCAGAUCCUCGAGGAAGCGACGAGCCAUUGCUGCAAUGUCACCAGCAAGGCGGCCAAGUGUAGGAUCUUCUCUCACGGGGUCGUGGUGUGCCUCGGCGGUGUGGUCGCCACGGUAGCGUUACGUUUUCGGUUUUAGCCGUAGUUUCGCGGCGUGAUAAUGCGAAUACUGAAUUACAUACGUGUUGUUGCACUCUUUGUUGUAUUUUUUUAAUAGAACCAAAACUUGUCGAAGGAAAAUGAGAGGCAGAGGCGGCAGCGGCGGCGGCGGCGUCGUCGUCAUCAUCGUCGGGUUCUUUUCAAUUCUUUUAUAAUCUCAUCUCUUCUCUCACUCUCUUUAUUUUCUUCUGGACGCGAUCGAACGCCGCCUCGCUGAUGCCUGCUGAUACGCAGAAACAUAUCGCGUUCGGUCGCGCGCGACCGGAGGUCCUGCUGUCCGUGAUAAGCCGAGGCAUCGCGCGAGCGAUGCCGCGCACGCAUUCAUUCGAUCGAGAUUUCUCUCGCGCUCGUGCACAGUUUCAUCGUAAUGUAACAGUCGCGCGGAAUUUUCCUACACUCGUAUUUGAUAUCUCAAUUAAACGGCGUAUAUCACAAAGUUAUUUUAUUCCGUUCUUAUUUUCUUACAUAUUAUAUGCUCGAGGUGCGGAUUAUAAGAGUUGCGGAGGAGACCCAAGAAUUACGAGACAGAGAGGGGCGCGGAAUUAGACAAAGAGAGAGAGAGUGAUUAAGAGAGAGAGAGAGAGAGAAAGAGUGUGUGUGUGUGUGUGUGUGUGUGUAUUCAUGGGUCGGCUUACAAAA